AUAUAAGAAAUGAUUUUGCAUUGAAUGUGAUUUGUUGUGAACUAUAAUCAAUUGAUUUAUUGUUUUGUAUUGUAUUUUCAAAUCAAUUGUAUAUUAAUUGUGUUUUAGUUGUGAUUAUAAUGAAUUUAGUGAUGAAUGGAUUGUUUAAAAAUGAUAUAAUAAUUGGGUUUAGUUUGACUUAAUUUACAUCUACAACAACAACAACCAACCAUUUGGUGAUUAUGACCUGAAACCAAAUCACAUGAGUUAUCACUCAAAUCGGUGACCAAUUUGUGUGACAAUGUAUUCAUCAUUAAUAGUGAUAUUGCUAUCAAUGACUUGUGGCCUGUCUUCAGGCCUUUGGACAGACAAUCAGAUACCAAAGCGACGCAUCAGUCAACUGAAGGAAUCGGAUGUUCAGAGGUUUUUGGGGAAUGAGACGGAUUCAGAUCACUUCAAACUUCUUGAACAGGACGGAGACUCAGUUCUUGUGGGCGCAACUAAUAUCGUCUAUAAUAUUAGUCUUUUGACACUUAAUGAGAAUAAGAGACUCCAAUGGUAUAGCAGUGAUGAUGACAUUAAAAUGUGUAAAUAUAAAGGAAAGUCGGAUGAAUUGUGUCAAAAUUAUAUAAGAGUUUUAUCAAAGAGAUCAGCAAACGGUCUGUUUGUAUGCGGAACUAAUGCUUUCAAACCAAAGUGUAGACAAUAUGUGGAAAAUAGUUUAGAGUUUGAAUUAGUUAAAGAACUUUCGGGUGAAGGUCUUUGUCCUUACGAUCCGACACACCUGUCGACGGCAACCUUCGUGGACGACAGUCUAUAUGUUGCUACUGUUGCCGGCUUUAAUGGUGCCGAUCCUCUCAUAUAUCGAUUGCCACUAAGGACUGAACAGUUCAAUCCAAAACAUUUAAACGCGCCCAGUUUUGUCAACUCAUUCUCUCACCAACAAAAUGUAUAUUUCUUCUUCAGAGAGACAGCCGUUGAAUAUAUGAAUUGUGGGAAAUCGAUAUACUCGAGAGUAGCCAGAGUUUGUUCCAAUGACAAGGGAGGACCCCAUAAAUUUCGCAACCAUUGGACUACUUUUCAAAAGGCACGACUCAACUGUUCAAUUCCUGGAGAUUUUCCUUUCUAUUUCAAUGAAAUACAAUCGACAACAUCAUUGGUAAAAGGCAUAUAUGGCGGACAUAACGCACAAAUCAUAUACGGAGUAUUUACUACUCCAUCAAAUAGUAUCAGUGGUUCAGCUGUAUGUGCAUUCAAAAUGGAUGACAUCCACAAAGCAUUUGACGGUUCAUUCAAAGGUCAGGAAGCUAUUGAUUCAAAUUGGCUUCCGGUGCCAUCAUCUAAAGUGCCCGAACCCAGACCUGGUCUCUGUGUCAAUGAUUCGCGACAAUUGCCUGAUAUGACACUCAAUUUUCAUAAAGAGCAUACAUUAAUGGAUAUGGCUGUACCUGCGUUUUGGAGCUCACCAAUUGUAGUGCAAACUAGUUUCAAGUAUCGGUUCACCCAAAUAGCAGUCGAUCCUCAAAUUGAAACGGCUUCGGGCAAGACGUUUGAUGUGCUCUUCAUUGCCACUGAUGACGGCCGUGUCAUUAAAGCUAUUAACGCAGCGAGUGGUGCGCUAAGUGGUCAUCACUAUCAUAAUACUGUAGUUCCAAUAGUUAUUGAAGAAGUAACAGUGUUUCCAUUGGGAACUGUUAUCACUAACCUAUUGGUGUACCACACCUUUUAUGAAGCAAAACUGUUGGUCGUGUCGAACAACGAAAUUAAAUCAAUAAAACUGUUCCACUGUUUGGCCAAAACAUGUGGAGAGUGUGUGGCUCUUCAAGACCCUUACUGUGCAUUUGAUUUGGCCCGACAACAGUGCACUAGUAGUAGAUCUCGUUUCUGGAAUCGCGAUAAUUUUGUGCAGAACGUUGAGGACGGUUGGGAUCCUCGAUGUCCGGAUGGGCGACCCCCGCCAACGGAAAGCACUAAAAUGCUUAGUCCUGACCCACAAUUACCGCCACAAUAUGCACCCGACGAUCAAAAUGUCAUAGAUUUGGAAUCAACACAACAAACUCCGAUCUAUACGGGAGAGUCAUUUGCAUUGGCGGUCACCACAAGUGUAAUCACAUCAUUAGUCUUGGGUUUCAUAUUGGGUUAUAUAUUUUCCAAGCGCUGCAGGAAAGAGGACCCCAAUAUAUGCUCGCCUUAUGACGACCCGCACCAGUAUUUAGACGGCCGUCUGGCCGCUAGUGAAACAUUCCAAACGCAACCGCCGGUGAAUAAUAAACCAAUUAAUUUAGUUUUAACGACAAACAAGAACUCAAAAAACUUGAAUCUGUCGGUAGAGAACAAACCCAUUCAGAAGGUGAAGAAGAUCUAUUUGUAGGGCACCGACAGCUCAACCGUAGGUUUCUCGACACCAGUGAUUCAUAUGACUCCGAUUACGAGGAUAUUAGCGAACUAUGACUUCGAACAACAUAUGAAUGGGAUCUGUAUUAUAGUGUUGUUCUCCACCGACAGUCUAAACUCAACUCACAUACCGUUACUACAAAACGAAGUCUUAAUAUUAUAUUAAUAUUUAUAAUGCAAACUAUGCAUCAAAUUAUUAUACAAUACUUAUUAU